AUUUGACUUGACUCAUAAUUGGUAUAGAUACCCUUUUUUUGUAUUUAUUUUAUUCUGAUUUAUUUCCUUUUUCUUCCUUUUUCUUUAUCAUUCUCAACAUGCUUGCUAUUCAAACUGCUGCUCGUAAAGUUGCUGGCGCUGCCUUGACUCGUCCAGUUGUCGCUAAAGCUAACUAUGCCACUGGUAGUCGUAUCUCGGUUGAAAACCCUAUUGUCGACUUGGAUGGUGAUGAAAUGACACGUAUCAUCUGGGCUGAUAUCAAAGACAAGCUUAUUUUGCCUUACUUGGAUUUGGAUAUUAAGUAUUACGAUCUUGGCAUGGAAAGCCGUGAUAAGACUGAUGAUCAAAUUACUAUUGAUGCUGCUGAAGCCAUUAAGAAAUACAAUGUUGGUAUCAAAUGUGCUACCAUUACUCCUGAUGAAGCUCGUGUCAAGGAAUUCAACUUGAAGCAAAUGUGGAAGUCUCCUAACGGUACUAUUCGUAACAUUUUGAACGGUACAGUUUUCCGUGAACCUAUUAUUAUGAGCAACAUCCCUCGUAUUGUCCCAGGUUGGACUGAACCCAUUGUUAUUGGUCGUCAUGCUUUUGGUGAUCAAUACCGUUCUACUGAUUUUGUUGCCAAUAAGGCAGGUAAAUUCGAAAUGUCAUUCACUCCUGCUGAUGGUUCUGCACCUCAAAAAUGGACUGUAUUCGACUUUCCUGAAAAUGGUGGUGUUGGUAUGGCCAUGUAUAACACCAAUGACUCUGUUACUGGUUUUGCCCACAGCUGUUUCCAAAUGGCGUUGACCAAGAAGAUGCCUCUCUAUUUGAGUACCAAGAACACCAUCUUGAAGAAGUAUGAUGGUCGUUUCAAGGACAUUUUCGAAGAAAUCUAUCAAAAAGAUUAUCGUCAAGGAUUUGAAAAGGCUAACUUGUGGUAUGAACACCGUUUGAUUGACGAUAUGGUUGCUCAAGCCCUCAAGUCUAAGGGUGGUUUCGUUUGGGCCUGUAAGAACUACGAUGGUGAUGUUCAAUCUGAUAUUUUGGCUCAAGGUUAUGGUUCUCUUGGUUUAAUGACAUCUGUAUUGAUCACACCUGAUGGUAAGACCAUGGAAGCUGAAGCUGCUCAUGGUACAGUCACCAGACAUUACCGUGAAUAUCAAAAGGGCAAUCCUACCUCUACUAACCCUAUUGCCUCUAUCUUUGCCUGGACAAGAGGUUUAAGUCACCGCGCUGCUUUAGACAACAAUGGUGCUUUGAAGAAGUUUACUUCUGAACUUGAACAAGCUUGUAUUGAUGCAGUUGAAAGAGAUCAAGUUAUGACUAAAGACUUGGCUUUGACCAUCCACGGCAAAAACCUUAAGCCUGAACACUAUGUUACUACUGCUGAAUACAUGAAACGUGUCAAGGAAAACCUUGAUAGCUUUAGAUCUGCUUAAACUAUGUAAAUGAUGAACUUAGAUGUAAAAAAAAAAUAAAAAGAUUUCUGUUAUAUUGCGCUCAA